CAUACAUAUGUAUGUGCUUGCUUGAUGAAUUUAAGCAGUAAUCAGGUGAAACUUUCGUGGACGUCAGUCGCUCUCCGAGACUCGCCAAUUCCAGACGACAGGUCCGAAUCUUCGCUAGGUGCCGUAGAGCCAUUUCCGCACUGUAAUUCAGACAUGGGCCAGACUCGCGUGGCAACAACACCAACUCAAUCUUCGCACUCAAUGAUUUCGGCGGAGAAAAGUGACCAGCCGGAAGUGGAGGAGCCACAGCUGCUGGGCGAGGACAGCUGGGAGGAGUUCUCCAUCGAUGUGCCCUGGGGAACCGUCGAGGGAAAGUGGUGGGGUUCCAAGGAGAGGCAGCCGAUCAUCGCGCUUCAUGGCUGGCAGGACAAUUGCGGCAGCUUCGACAGGCUGUGUCCGCUACUUCCGGCGGACACCUCCAUCCUGGCCAUCGACCUGCCCGGGCAUGGAAAAUCCUCGCACUACCCGCAGGGCAUGCAGUACUUCAUCUUCUGGGACGGGAUAUGCCUUAUCCGCAGGAUAGUGCGCAAGUACAACUGGAAGAACGUCAGCCUGCUGGGUCACUCCCUCGGCGGAGCUCUGACCUUCAUGUACGCAGCGAGUUUUCCCACGGAAGUGGACAAGCUCAUCAACAUAGACAUCGCGGGUCCCACGGUUCGGGGAACGAAGCGAAUGGCGGAGGGCACGGGCAAGGCGCUGGACAAGUUCCUGGACUACGAAACGCUCCCGGAGAGCAAGCAACCCUGCUACUCCUACGAGGAGAUGAUCAAGCUGGUGCUGGACGCCUACGACGGCUCCGUGGACGAGCCCUCCGUCCGCGUUCUGAUGAAGCGGGGAAUGCGGCACAACCCGAGCAAAGAUGGCUAUCUGUUCGCCAGAGACCUCCGGCUGAAGGUUAGUCUGCUGGGCAUGUUCACCGCGGAGCAGACGCUGGCCUACGCUCGCCAAAUCCGCUGCCAGGUGCUCAACAUUCGGGGAACCCCCGGCAUGAAGUUCGAGAACUCGCAGGUCUACACUGACGUGAUUGCCGCUCUGAGGGAAAAUGCCUCCAAAGUGGUCUACCUGGAGGUCCCGGGCACCCAUCAUCUGCACCUGGUCAAUCCAGAGCGAGUGGCGCCCCACAUCAAGCAGUUUCUGAAGGACCCGUGAGAAAUCGUACACUUGACCAGACCAUUACUUAAGUAGGAGGCUAGUUAGAGAAUAUUGAUAGAGAAUAUAGUUUGUAUAUAUCAUCGAAAUGUGAUGUAUCAGUGAACAAAGGUAUGUGCCCCCUUUGGGAGGAUCUAAAUGUUAUGGUAAUUAAUAAACACAAGUUUAUGACAAACAAAAACUGGCUCUUAGUCAGAACCCAAGUU